UUGGGUGGGAUGGGAUGGACAAGGUUGAGGAGACGGUAGACUCGCUUGUGCAUCUGGUCUGGACGGAAGCCAAAGGACUGGAUGUGGUUCACUCUGCCGAGGGUCUGCUUGAGCGAGGCAAAAGCUGGGUCGUCGGGGAGAGACACCAUGUACGGCAGGAAGGGAGUGAAGACAUCGACACCAUCCUUGGUCUCCUUGGUGGCGAUUCCGAGGGGAAGGACAGGGAGGGAGUGUUUGGCAUCCUUGAGAUCGAGGGCGGUCUUGAUUUCGAGGACGACGUUGUCCUCUUGGCCAUUCUUGACCUUGAGCAGGAAGACAGCUUUACACUUGGGAAGGGCACUGAUAGAACUGGCUUGAGGGUCGCUGGGAUUGUUGAGACAGUCGACAUCGUGGAAUACAGAAAGGGUUUUGCCAUAUCGACGGAGGGCGACCGAGGUGAGCACCUCCUUCAGAGCCUGGACAGUGUCGGCAUCAGUCUGGGCUUG